UAUUCCUGCCUUGUUAAGAAUUCUUCACCACAGGGAAUUCGGGAUUGAUUACUCGUAUGGGAAGAAGUACUACUAAUGAUUUAUAUUUCCUUUUGUUGGUGUUGUCAUUAUCCUGUGGAUGUUUGACAUGCAUAUCGUGCUCACUCAAGAACAUCUCCCACAAUGGCUAAGCAAAGGUGUAGUUCCAACCAUUAACAGUUCGAUAUUGAACCAUCUGGUGCAAACCGGCCACAAAGCUAGCCAGCGUGGAAGAAUCCUUCUCUAUAAUCUCCCGGGUGCCCAACAAAUUGCCAAAAUCAUCGAAUCACCGCAUGCUCCAAACAGCAGAGGCUAUUACAAUUCGCCUCAAACAACCAAUGCUCUGUGUUUAAAAGAAGCAAGUCCAGCCAGCCCCUACUGUGGUGAGAGCAGGCUGCUAGCCAAUUGGUUGACAUUAAUCUACGUCAAUGUCUAGAUCACUAAUAUAGGCCGUGAGAAAAUAUGAACAAGGCUGUUUCAAUAACCAAUCACAGCAAACUUAAACGUGGGCAAAUAUGAUUCGCAGAUAGAUGGCUCCACUUUCCGAGGAACUCGAAAACAACCAAUCAGAAGACUGCGUUUGUCUACUUGACUAGGCCAUAAUAAUUAAUGUAUGUGAGAUUUAUAUAAAUACGUGUUGAUUUUCGUAAUAAAACGAUCUGUUGCCUGGCCCUUGUCUU